AUGGCCACUAGCAAUGCCUCUCUUCAACUUCUUUUUCUUGUCAUUAUGUCCUCAGGGUUUCUUUUCCAUGAAACCCUUAAACCAGGCUGCUGCCGUGGUGAUCACCAUAGGGCAGCCUCCUUUGAAACUGAGAGGGUAGUUCUUCUCAAGUUCAAACAAGGCCUUACAGAUUCUUCUCAUCGACUCUCAUCUUGGGUAGGGGAAGACUGCUGCAAAUGGAGAGGCGUCGUCUGCAACCACAGGAGUGGACAUGUCAUCAAACUCAAUCUGCGUAGUCUUGAUGAUGAUGGAACACAUGGCAAGUUGGGCGGUGAGAUCAGUCAUUCUUUGAAAUAUUUGAAUCAGUUAGACCUGAGCAUGAAUAAUUUUGAAGGGACUCGAAUCCCCAAGCUCAUUGGUUCACUGGAAAAGUUGAGAUAUCUCAAUCUCUCCGGUGCCUCCUUCAGUGGACCGAUUCCUCCACAACUUGGAAAUCUUUCCAGGUUGAUCUACCUUGACCUCAAGGAAUACUUUGAUUUCAAUACAUACCCUGAUGAGUCAAGCCAGAAUGAUCUUCAGUGGAUAUCGGGUCUUUCUUCUUUAAGACACCUUAAUUUAGGAGGAGUCAAUCUAAGUAGAGCUUCUGCUUAUUGGCUUCAUGCUGUUAGCAAGCUUCCUCUUUCCGAGUUGCAUCUACCUAGUGUUGGACUUUCUGUCCUCUCUCGUUCUCUCCCAUCUUCCAAUCUUACAUCCCUUUCAAUGCUUGUUCUCUCCAACAAUGGUUUCAACUCCACAAUACCCCACUGGCUAUUCCAGCUGAGGAAUCUUGUGUACCUUGAUCUCAGCUUUAACAAUCUUCGAGGCUCAAUUUUAGAUGCAUUUGCAAACAGGACUUGUCUUGAAAGUUUAAGAAAGAUGGGUAGCCUCUGCAAUUUGAAAACACUGAUCCUUUCUGAGAACGAUUUGAAUGGGGAAAUAACUGACAUGAUUAAUGUUUUAUCUGGGUGCAACAAGUGUAGUUUAGAGAACCUGAAUCUGGGAUUGAAUGAACUGGGUGGUUUUCUUCCUAAUUCACUAGGAAACCUGUGCAGCUUGCAGUCUCUUCUGCUUUGGGAGAACUCCUUUGUAGGCUCGAUUCCGAAUUCAAUAGGAAACUUGUCGCAUAUGAAAGAGCUAUACCUAUCUAAUAAUCAAAUGAAUGGGACAAUUCCAGAAACACUUGGACAACUUCAUGAGUUGGCUGCCUUAGAUGUCUCUGAGAAUUCAUGGGAAGGUGUUCUAACGGAAGCCCAUUUGUCAAAUCUCACAAACCUAAAGGAGUUGUCCAUCGCUAAAUUUGCAUCUCGGUCCAGACCUCAAAUUGGUCAUCCAUAUCAGUACUGA